CUCAGGUGACUCUUCUCCUCCUCCUUAUGGCCGCCGUCGCCCUGGCCACACCCUCGCGCUACCCAGUCGUCUCCUCCUCAGUAUGGCCACCCCGAGUCCACCGGCCAUACUUCGCUCCGUCCUACGCCCCUACGACCUACGACACGACCUAUGACACGACCUACGAGACGACCUCCUCUUACGCCACCGUCCCUUCGUCGAGCUUCGUCUCCGGUUCGAAGAGCAGCUCGAGCGCUUCGCAUCCUGCCAGCUUCGCUUUCCUUAACACCCCCCGGCGUCCUUCCGUGCCGUCCUUCGCGCUGGCCAAGGCGCAGGAACCUCCUCAUCCUACCUACGCCCCUGCUCGGUCCUACGGGUAUGCGCCGGCUAAGAAGAGCCACGACUUCGACUUCGCGGUUAACGAGGGCGGCAACAACUUCGGCCACCAACAAUCGGACGACGGCUACACCACCAAGGGCUCCUAUUACGUGGACCUCCCCGACGGCCGGCGCCAGAAGGUGUCCUAUUACGUGAGCGCGGACUCCGGCUUCGUCGCAGAAGUCACUUACGAGGGGGUUGCCCAUUACCCCGCCCCGAAGCCCAACUACCACAGCCCGAAGCCCAACUACCACGCCCCGAACUACCACAAGCCCGCCACGACGCCCGCACCCGCAGCUUACCCGCCCGCACCCGCCUAUUUGGUCUCCUCCGCCCACAUUCCAAGCCCUUUCCACGGCUGAGGGUCUUCCUGCGUCAGUAGUGUCCGAGAGAUGAAGAAAUAUUUUUUUGUCACGAAUUAAAGAGCUAUAUUUAUUUACAUAUAUAUAUUAAAGGAAACUUUAUUCA